AUGGCGACUACGCGUGCUGACGAGGAUGACGCUGCUGCUUCCUCUUCGACCUCCUCUGCCGCCACCACCACCACUGCCCCCGCCAACUACGGCAACUAUGGCAACUAUGGGGACUAUGGCAGCUAUGGUAACUACCAGAACUACAAGCGUGAUGCCGAUGCCUCCAGCACCUCGACCACCACCACCACUGCCCCCGCCAACUAUGGCAACUAUGGUAACUAUGGCGACUACGGCAGCUACGGCAACUACCAGAACUACAAGCGCGAGGACGAUUCGACCACCGCUGCUCCUGCCACCACCGCCCCCGCCAGCUAUGGCAACUACGGCGACUACGGCAACUAUGGAAACUACCAGAACUACAAGCGUGAGGAGGAGGAGUCCACCACCUCCGCUGCUGCUGCCAGCACCACCACCGCCGCGCCGGCCAGCUACGGCGAGUACGGGAACUACGGCACCUACGGCAACUACGGCUCGUACAAGCGCGACGAGCAGCCCGAGGAGGAGAAGGAGGGAGCCUCUAGCACCACCGAGGCUGCCCCCACCACCACCACUGCCCCCGCCAGCUACGGCGACUAUGGCAACUACGGCAACUACGGUAACUACCAGAACUACAAGCGCGACGAGAGCUCCUCCAGCACUACGAGCGCCGCCGCUACCACUACCACCACGACUGCCCCAGCCAGCUACGGCGACUACGGCAACUACGGUACCUACGGGAACUAUGGCUCGUACAAGCGCGACGAGCAGCCCGCCGCCAAGGCGGAGGAGGACGCCUCUCCCGCGACCUCGACCGCCACGGCGAGCGCCACCACCGCCUCAGCCGGCUACGGGGACUACGGCAACUACGGCAACUACGGCAACUACGGGACUUACCAGAACUACUGAAUUCUGACGCGUUCAAGGGAUGAACUAGUUGCACGGGGGAUACGAACCUAAUGAUGGUGUGAAAUUGCUCUUCCGGGGGUAGGACAUGACAAGGGACUCACUCGGAACGAUGACACGACCCGUCCAGAUGUACGCCGUUCUCGAUGCACUGUGCACAUCAGGGAACAGAAGGUCGAUCCUGGUAAUGUGGAUCGCAGAUGCUCGGGUCUUUCUUUCUUUUUCUUCUGUAUUUAGCUUAGACUCGCAAGCAUUGGAUAUUGAAUUGAACGUUGAUGAUACGAGACAAGUAGUACUGUGCAGUACCUUUUCUGAUGAUUGUCGGUCGAUGCUGGCCGGUCAUGGCUGUGUCACGUGACUGGGCUGUGGCCCACCACGAUGCUGGCUCCCGUUGCUUUCGGAGCUGCAUGGUGGGAUGCAUCAGCUUCAUGAUUCUAUUUUGUGGAGGGUGUCAGCUCAGCUUGGUUCAUGGUUGACUUGUGC